UUUCAAUUACAAUUUCAAUCCUGAUUCAUCGUUAGCAUUUCGGUUCUCUUUCCACGGAUGGCGGGCGUUUUUAUGUUUAGUUUGACUUCAUGAGACCGGAAAAAUGGUUCAAGUCCUCUCCUCGGAUCCGUUUCGGAGGCUCUCCUCUCGUGAGCCAACUCCCCCGAGCGAGAAUGACGAGAUCAUUGAGGAGACUCUACAAUUCCUUAGUUCGGGCUUGGACAUUGACAAUGCAGUCAAGUCUUCGGUGAAGAUUCCUGCGAACGAGUCGGCCCAAGAUACCCCACCCGCUUCUUCCCCACAGGCUCAUACUCCUUCUGCAGCUGGUUCCGGUAGUGAGAGCAAGAAAAAGGUCGCUUUCUCGGGAUGGAAGAAUUACCACCAAGCCCCAGUCUAUACCACAGAUGGAACGGUUUCCACACCAUUAAAGCAACUACCUCCUUCACGAGAGAGAAGACUACUCAAAUCGAUCCUCAAGGCUCAAGGACCAGCCCCUACCGUGGACUCGCUAUCGUCUCCAAUUCCGCAACACAACAAUCAAACCUUCGGAGGUAUGCUGGACUCUAUCUCAAAGCAGUUGACCACCGAAGACAUGGACAAUCGAAACGACGCCUAUACGACUUUGCUCGCUUCUCUCCAGGCAUUCGACAAUGUCCCCGACGCCUCCUCCUUGGUCGAAAAACUUCCCCUCUUUACCAAAGCCAUCCUACAAGACAUGCAACCAUCAAGCAACCCUUCGGCAGCUUUGAACAGGCUAGAGCUCAAUGCGAUCAAGCUUCUCGCUGCAUUGCUGAGAAUACCACAAGUCGCAGAUAGCGUUGACGUUGCCUUUGGACAGGCAUUGCUCGAGGAAAUUAUCGCCGCGUUUCACAAACCCCAAGUCACCAAGCAGCGGAUUAUCGCGCGACUUCAGCUCUUAGUACAUCUCCAGAUACAACCGCAAAUGAUGAACCACGACCGAAUGCAUCGCCUUCUCUCUGGCCUUAAAGCUAUCGAUAGCUACCGGAGCAAUGGGAUACUAGGAACUCGGUUACUGGUUCUGCACCGUCUCCUAAAACAGGUCCCUGACUUGAUCAGCUCCCAUAUCCCGAAGUUUCUUCCGUACAUGUUCCAUGGCUUUCUUAGUACACACAACGAGAUCCGCGCCCGAGCAAUUGAACUUGCAGUUGCAACGGGGAGGGCACUUGGUGACCGACCCGAGAUCACCAAGGGAGUCAAAGAAGUGCUGGAGAGAAAGCCGAGCAAUGGUCAAACCUACUGCGAGUUCCUGGUCCAACGGCUUGACGUGUUGCUGAAAGAUAAACACCAGAGCCAGGACGUCCCUCAGAUAUGGGCUUCAGUGGUCUUGAUGCUACGAUCUGGCUCUCCCUCCGCUCGGAUCAAAUGGCCUUGCAUGAAGACAUGGCUACGCCUAAUCCAAAACUGCUUGAACUGCUCCGAUAUUCGAACCAAAGUGCGGGCAUAUAUGGCGUGGAACUGCCUGAUAUACACGUCACAACCGGACUUGGACACCAGUGACCAGCUUCGAGACCUGCUGCUAACACCGCUCAAGCGAAGGCUAUCAGAGAAGGAGGAUGAUAGCAACCGACGUCUACGAAGUUCCGCUCUCUACAGUUAUUGCAACUUGCUUUACUACGCUCUCAAGCCGACAGCUUCUCACGAACAGCUGGACAUUUACUGGAUGCGGUAUGUGGAGAAGGUCAUUUUCGCCAUGCCUCACGGUUCAAGAACUUCGAUUAUACAAAUCAGUCGUACUUUGAUGGCCCUGCUUGGCGGGUUCCCACACAAGUCCUGGGUGGAAGGGCGGGCCAUUAUGGACUUGGGCACCAAUUCCAUGAGUUGCAAGCCACAGGAGCUCUCUCCUCUCGAGCCCCAAUGGAUACGGACCAAUACCGGAGGGAUCCUUCAAGUUCUCGAAAGGAUCCUCAGUCCAGAUUCGUGGAAUCUGGGACAGGGCCCGGACAUUGACAACGUCUGCUCUCCGAGAGACGUCUGGUUGGCCCUCCUGACAGCGAUUUCCGACGCCGGUUCCAAGGAAAUCAAUAUGACUCGAGAAGCGAAAACGGCCUAUUCCCACAUCUUCAAUUUCCUCUUCCGGUUCUGGAAGAAUCAUAGCUCCUGCAAGUCCAAAUUGUUUAGCUCCUGCUUCAAAGAUAUCAUAACGGACAUGGCCCAGAAACUCAACCCCGUGAUAUUUGUCGAGAAGUUUCUGACACCCUGGGAUGGAUCUCUGCAGGCCCAGAACACAUACACCUGUGGGCUCUUUGAGAUUGUUGAGCUGGCAACCUCGACUCACAGCGAAAUGCUCCACGACAACACCUCCCAGAACUAUCUGGAGACGGUCCAACUAAUGGUUCAAUGUGCUCUUCCCGGUCUCCCGAACAGCCGAUCCAAACUUGACCUGCUGAGCGAGGCUCAUGGCGUUUUGUUGACUCGGUCACCAUCAAUGAGAUCUGAGUCCGGAAAGACCCUAAGAGAUUUUUUUCUGAGCGAGGUCACUGCUAUCCUGGACACAAAGAUGUCUACCCUAAAUUCGCCGACCAAACUUCAACAGCUGUUCCCCCCAUUGCUUCAAAUCUUCAAGUCCUCCUUGCGCGAGUCCACGCUGGUGCACUGGCCUUCUACUUCUGCCAUCGGGAAUCUCCAUGAUACUUGCGUCAAGGCAAUCAAGAAAUCUGCAGGACAUGCAGAAGUCGUUCGCCUUCUCACUGAGCCGCUAGCUAAGGCCAUCUUGGAGGAGCACAAGUCAGAGAUCUCUGUCGAAAGUCACCGCGAAUUCUGCAUCUCAAUGCUAGAAGCAGAGGUUCCACCCACGGUACUUGCUCCUGCAAAAUCCGGCCCCGGAAGUUGGAAAGGGAAGAAGGCAUCUCGUGGCCGCAAGCCGGCUGAAAAUUGUCCUUACAAUUACUUCUUCCUUUUGAUUGAUGGCCUGUCGCAAUCAAUGCUACGGGAAUCAACACAUGGGUCGAAGUGGAACAAAGACCUCCCGAUACGCUUCAUAUGUUCCUUGAAUGGUUUUCUGCAGCGCAUUCCCAUGGCAUACCGCAGUGGUAGCUUGAAGACCUUGCAACCCGCAGUUUGCAUAUGGAUGAAUUACUCAACACCAGUUCAGCAAGGCUCAGGGCUCAGAUCAAGUUUGAUUGCAUCGGUUCGAGAGCUUAAUGAGAUGAUGUGGCGCUGCAUCGCAACCAUUGAUAGUGGCAAGAGCCUGCUUUUGGCAGCCUUCGAGCCCUUCUUCAAGGCUAGUUUACAGUCACGAUACCGCUCCGUACUGAAUGUGUCUAUCCGUGAAUGUAAUGCGUGCUUUGGAGCGGAGACCAGCUUGAACUACCCAUCUUCUCUCCGAGAUAUCCUCGAAAAGCUUCGCUCUAUUGCCGACCUCCAGCUUCCCGGCCUGGAAGAUUCGACAUCUCAAACUCCUAUUCAUACUCAAUCAUACUUCUUUACCGAAGAAGAUGAAAAGGAGAAUGCGACGAUGCCAGUCGCUUGGCCCAAAUCUCCACUGCUACGUAGCACUCAAUCAGUCCCACUCUCUCCCUCGCGGCGGACCAAUUUCCCUGUGGACCAUACGACACAGCUUUCAUCCGUACGGAGAGAUCCAGAGCUUCGGUUCCCUACUCGCCACGAUGAUUCUCAAGUCAUGUUUACCUCGAUUGAGCCAUCGGAGAACCCUGCAGAUACACCAUUUGUUAUGGAGUCACAGCUACUCACCGAGAGACAGAAAGAAGUGCGAGACCGUCAAGCGCAGGACAAGGCAAUGUUCUCGGACCUUCGUUCAGAACUGGAGCCGUCCAGUGUUCGGAAGCCCGCUACGGAGCCGGAAUCGAAGCAGAGCAGUAAUCAAUUUCUGCAUUAUAGUCGGCAAACACGGCUCACUACGCCUCCAGUUUUGCAGUCAAGACAUUCAAGAUCUAUGGAGCAUUAUCUGAGUUCAUCUCCAACACCUGGUUCUGCAAUGAAGAGGAGAGAAGCAAUGAGGCAUCAAUCGCAUGAAGAUCCGGACUUUGAUGAGGAUAUACCAUCCUCCCCUCCAGAGGUUGAGGAUCCCGAACUUGAGAGGAUCAUGGAAGUUAUCCCUGCAGAAACGGAUGGGAACAAUCUGGAAGAGGAGGCGCAAGAGCCUGAAGCCCAUUCCACGGAUCGCAAGGCAACAGAAACUACCGAUACAAGUGACGGCUGUGAGGUCUCGAAGUUGGCUCUCGGUCUUGCCCAUAUGACCCACCAUCACGAUAGUCUGGAGCAACCCAACCCGACCGCAGAAGCAGCUAAAGAAACCAUGGGCAACACCCGCCCUGUGUCGCUAGUGGGGAUGGAACAAGCCAAGGAAACGGGCACUCAAGAGGUAGUGGAAUGCCAGGCUGAGGGGUCAACAGUCUUAUGCUCAUUUGCAUCGGGUGCUACUGCGGAGAUAUCGAUGACUGAAUCCGACCCUUCCCUUAUUACCAAACAAUCCAGCCAUGUCGAUACCCCUGGACCCGCAUCGACUAAUCUUGAAUCUCCCGCGUCGCAGCUAGCCUGGGAAGCUGCUGAAAGCUGGCGCCGAGAACUCGAAGUCGAGGAAACGAGUCUCUCCUCCAGCAUUCUCGGUCUCGGCCGACCGGCUGAUCUCAUGGCCAGCACCCAUGCCAAGGUUACGCCCACUGACAAUGGGUCCAACUUAGACGGUGGUGCCCUGGAACUCGACGAGGAUACCAGGACUCUACGCGCAGACAGCAGGAAUGGACCUUCAGAGACUUUCAUAAAAGGCAAGACGUUGGCAACAAGGCAGAAAGAGCGACAGUUGCAAACUCCACAGCAUGACGGCACCAGCGAGGUUCCAAAGUUGUCCGACACAAAUCAUGUCCAAGUACCAUGCACAGACUUGAAGAAGAAUGAUACAACGCAUGGUUGUCCGCACCCACAGCCUGUACACGGGAACAUCCAGUCCGACGAAGCAGAUGUUAGCCGUGUUGAGAACUCAUUUCCAAGUUCGGAUGGUGCUGCCAACGAUGAAGGGUCGAAUGGUCAGACCUUCAAAAGACAGGCAGAGGUGGUUGUCCAAGUUUUGUCACGAAAGCGCAAUCCGGACGACAACGUCUUUGAUAAACCCUCUGCCAAACGACAGCAUUUGGAUCAGCACACUGCCCAUCCAAUGCAAAAGCGUCCCAACACCUUUAUCAGUACUGUGGCUCACAGCAAGCCUACACUUCACUGGUUGGCUUCCAAGGGAUUUCAGCUUGCUAAGGAGCAGGGCGUUUCAGAAAAGAAAGAACUCGCAGAUGAAGGCAGCGAAGUUGUGAUACCGUCAACCGAAACGGGCUAUCUGUCGGCGGAGCCGGUUCAUAGAUCGAGCGCCAAACUGCCAUCCUCGAGAUCUGAGUCACAGGAUAUCCCGACUCGCCAACUUGCAACAAAUGGCAAGGUCAGGAAUUGGGGCAGCGCCCACAGCGAGGAGAUAGUACGUCGAGGGGAAGAAUCCAGCGCACGCCGAACUCGAUCCGCAGGUCCACUCGAUAUCGAUACCUCUUUCUAUCGGCCUGAUCGCACAAGGAUCAGUCCCAAGGCAGUCAAUGUCCCAACGGAGACCGGAGAGCCUGAUGACCUAGAACAUAAUGCGCCUCGACACAAGCGACAACGAGUGGAUCGUUCUCUUACAGAUGCCAUCUCGAAACCUCCGCCCGAUAAUGGAGUUCAACUCAAGCAAGACGAUGCAUUUUUCCUCCGUCGUUUCCCACUGACGCCGGAGAAGAAGACUGGUGCCCUUCCAAAGAACGGUUUAGGCGAUAAAGAGCGCUUAUCACCGCCGAAGUCGAAGCCGAACUCUGGCAUCAAGGGCCUUACCUCUCACGGAGAUGUGGCACCAAUAUUCCCGAAGCCAUCCCAGACGGAGACGCCAAGUCAACCGAUGCGAUCUCUAAUGCGAGCCAGCUUCGACGCCCUGAGCAGCCUCAGUCCAUUCCGCAGUUUCAGGAACUCCCAGGACCCCCAGAACUCUCAAGAUCCAGUCGACAGCAUAUCUGUGCCGACGACUCCUUCUCAGAGGGAGUCGAAAGGAAAGCGGAAGCUAGAAGAUAUGGAGCAUGAGGAGGGGGAGAACAAUACCCAAGAGGAUGUUACGGAGACUCAGCCCUUGCGGACCAUACGUACUCCGCGUAGCAUGAUGGAGAAAUUAAGAGGGGUACUGGAGGAUUGCAAGAAGCUGGCGUUCGUGGGAAAGGAGGAGAGAGAGGUUGACGAUCUCUUAUUCGAAUUGCGAAAGGAGGUGCAUGAGGCCGGACGACGAGGGAGAGACGGCGAAGGACAUUGACGACUGGCGCCAGGUUUACAGUGCUUGUAUAUGUAUGUGGUAGAUACCACCACGGAAGAACAUCACCGAUUAGUGAUGCCAGGCAAAUUGUACUCUGGCCAUUCAUAAGGCUUCAUCUCAUCAGUUCCAGGAUUCCUCGUCCCCAUCGAUGUUCGCUGGAAUGGCGUGACUGCCUGGAUAGUAUCCAUUUACUUUAAAUGUGAGAUGUUUUUUAACAGCGAGAAGAACCGCU